AGGAAUUCGAGGAAAGCUUUGCUACUCGCAAACACUACGCUUCAAGGAUGGUGACAUGACAUGUAAGGCCAUAUAUCAUGUACUUACUGUAAAACACUCGUAAACAACUCAAAACAAUUAAUAGGCGGCAUCUUUUGACCUCAAGAAAGGUGAGUAUGUCCUUGCACUUUAAAAUCGUAGAUUUUUUCCAACUCUUACUAUGAAUUGUUUUUGCUGCUAUUUUCUUUACCUUUCGGAAUUUUAUGUAACAUUUAUCACUCUGCGCCGGAAAAAACCGAUGGUUAUCUUCUGGAAAGACACAUGAUAUUCACCAACUUGUUAGUUAGUUAGAGAGCUCUGUUGAAAAUAAAAAAAAACAGCGAAAUGUGGCUGGAAUCCUGGCUUUGCUUAUAGAAGAGCAGAAAAAAUUACAAAAUUUCGGCGACAAAUAAAUCGAUCUGCUUCAUCAUUUAAACAAAAAAAAUAUUUUAAAAUAAAGCUAUCCAGCUUUAAUAGUUAGAAAACGUCAAAUGACUUCUUCGUGAUGGUAAUUUACAGUCCAAAGUUAACUUUCGAGGAGUGUCUUUAUAAUGUGUAAAAUUUUUGUAAUAACCUUUGGUGAUCUCAAGUUAUCGAGGUCCUUUCACUAAGUUAUUUUCCCAUCCACAUUUCAAUUAUAAAUAAAUAAUGCCCAGAACAUCACUUUUGUCUUGGGGUGUUGAAAUCAGAUGUCUAUCGACGUCACAUUUAUAAAUUAAACUAAAUCAAAUAUCAGGAUUGGGGUACAUCUGUUAGUCUGCGAAGUUUUGUUUCAUUUCUAUGAGACAUAAAUAAAUACUAGACGACUGAAUUCGCCGGCCCGUUGUAAACACUAUAUCUAAACAGUUGUAAUCGGCUCCUGGUUUUACUAAAACGCUAGCCUGAGUGAUCUCAAAAAGGCCGCACAAAAACAUUAACAAACACAGAGCAUACAAUCCAUACUGAACUGAUAUCUUUAACAAGGUUCAGCGAUGACCAAUGAGCACUAAAAAAGCAGCUACUACACUAACCGGCAUUAUAUCACUUAAUAAAAGCAGCCAGUGGAUAUGGUCAUCAUACCUACACUAAUCGACUUGCUAGGAAUUGAUAAGCGAAGAUAACAAAUUCAGCUUUAUGUUUAUCACUUAUUUUUGGUAAGGCUGUUUGUGAGAAUAGCAAAAUGAAUAUUUGGAAUUGUCUUAAAAGACCAAGGAUAUCGAAGAUCCCUUGAAGAAAUGUGAAAACGGCAUAAGGGCAGUCUGUUUGAGCUUUUUUGCGACUUUUUCGUUGUGUUCUGUAGUUAAAGAUAUCGAACGUCCAGACGACUAGAGCGAAUAAACCUCACUACAUUGUCUCAAGCAAUAAGGUGAAAGAAACUUUUGACACUGCUUCCGCUUUAACUGAGGAAAUUCCGUUCUGUUUCUCUUGUUAGUGUAGUAAAUGAAUUAGAAACUGAAGAUAACCUUCUUAAUCUGAAUAUACUGCGAAUGUGACAAGGCUAGUUAAUUUGUAAUCUCAAGUUAAAUUUUCAGCUAACGCUAUAAAUUUUAAAAACUAAAGCUUGGAUAGAAUUCUUAGCUGACUUCUUGAUAAGACGUCCCCUACGAUAGUGAACAUUUCGCCUAAAUGUUAGUGCAGUUUGAGGUUGACAUUUUGUUUUUUUGUCGAAUGCUUAGUGAGUAUUCUUUACAGAGUUUUUCUUGUCAACUUCAAAACUAUUGGAAAAACCUAUUUUUAAAUUGCAUUUUUGAAAAUUCUUGCAAAGAGCAAUUACAAAGCCUACGGCAGCUUCCAACAAAACAUUUAACCUUUAUGUUUGAUUAUUUGAAAAAUUCACAGGACCAAAAGAGACAUUACUAAAUUUAUGAAUGCUUUCAAGUCACUAAGGAGACAUGCACAAAUCAACCUUCCCCCCACCCAAAAAAAUAAAAGCCAUUCUAUUAAAAAAAAAAAAAAGAGAAGAAGGAAAUCGAUAAGCACUAUUUCUACCAGUACAAAUACCAUUUGAAAUUUUAAAAAAUUGAUAAACUCUAAAAAGCAAAAAAAUUCGAUCCCAUUUUGUCCAUUCAAUGUUGGCUUAUAAAAAGACAAAUACCACAGAUGGCAAGUAGAGCUAACUUAAUUUCGGCUCAUACACUAUUCAAUAAUUCUGGGCAAAUUUUGGAUCUUACAGCUCCUAUUUAUUUUAUAUUUUAAUGGCGGUAUAAGUUUCAGGAAGCAAAAAAGAAAACCACACCCAUUACAAACGUAUUCAUCAAAUGAAUGUAUACUUUGGGUUUCUAGAUUCCGGGUAUAGCGUAGGCCUCGAAAGAAGAUUUUAAUAGUUUUCACUCUUUUCUGACAGGCGUGAUCCAAAGUAUUUCUCCUUUUAAGUUAUUUAUACUUUAUAUUUAUAUUUAUGCAUGGCCAAGACAGAAUUGAGGGUAAAACGUUUUGUUUAUGGAGACACAGCACGUGUGUGAAAAGUAAUCCACAACAAAAAGCCACUCAAGUAAUUUGAUCUCUAUAAACAAAUUUUAUCCUGUCCAAUGUUUUUACCGGUAUAUAAGCCGGUAAAACAUCUAGAAAAAAACAAUAAAUAAUGAAAAUAUACAUUAAGAGGAGAACACAGAGUUUUGACUAAGGAGUCAUCAUGGGGAUAGCGAUCAGGUCAGAAAUCUAUAGUAACAGCUUUAAGUUUUUGAUUACAUUGGAUGUUAGUUUUUUAAUCUUUUGCCUCACAUGCAAAAUACGCUGUAAGCGGUUCUCUUCUGGAUGAAUAUCUUUGUGUAUAGUCAGUCCGUAAUGGCAAAAAAAACUAUUUUAAAAUUAUUUUAUGUGUGAAAUGUUGUCUCUCCACCAGAAACCUAUUUUGAUGUACUAAACAUUAAAUGGAUGGGAUGUUAUUUCAAGGAGUUUUCUUUUCGGUCGUGUGUUUAAUUGCUGUCAACUCUUCAGCGUCAAGAGAUGAAAGUUAUAAUGCGACGUCUUCGAAAGACACCACACCCACUGGUGAAAGCCCCAGGUAAAUUGUUACUGUCGAACAACAAAUAAUUGUUGAACGAAGUUAAGUAAAAUAUGGUGAUUUCUCAUUGGUAAAUAAUUCAAUUAUUUGCUGAUGCCGAAGGCAGAGAAAAAUAAUUGACCUGUGAGACAUGAACAAACCCCGAUAUUUUUAGAACCGAAUUUUAAUUUACAAUUGUUUACCGUACAGUUUUUGGUCGAUAGUAAUCUUUAUAAUCAUAACUAUUGUUAUCACUAGUUAUUUACUUUCACAGUGUAUAAAUGAUAUGCGGAGUGAAUAAGUUAUUCUCUUUAACUUCACCAUAGCUUGUAAAAUUUAUAACAGAGAACAACGCGAAAAUGAAAGGCGUCUAAAAUGAAACAAUGCAUUCAGGGCUUUUUAAAAUAUCUCCCCGCAUCGCUGAAGAGUGCAAGCAGCCCUUGGUGCUUAUAAACGAAAGCAAAAACAAUCUCACAUUACUUUCUUUCCUUUUAUUCUUAAGACACAGUCAGUUGGAGAUAAGGAUUUGAAAACAUGUGUUUGACCAAUUUUCAAAAUUAGAUUGGAAGGAAAAAUUACCGCCCAGUAAUCCACCGAAGCCCGCGCGGAGGUAGUGUCAACAGUUCAUCAAUAUAAUACUGGGUCAACCACGAACCGAUGAGGAAAUAAAAUUGGCCUAAAACAGCAAUUAUUCUUGUGACAUAGCUAGAUGUUACUGACAUUUAAAAAAAAAAUGUUUAUACUGAGUGAAGGAGAGCUGUUUCCUAGCCUUAAAUCAUUACGUUAAUAGGCUGUAUUCAGUAUUCAGGGGCACACAACGAGAAUAUAGUUCAAAACCACUUAAACAUAGCAUUGAUGAACGUAUUUUAGUAUUUUAACGGUAGAUAUAGGCAUAUUUUUAUCUUCCAAAAAUUUUUCAUCUGUUCGGAUUUCCUAGCUGAAAGUCUAGUGAUCCGAAAAUUAUAGGGAUCAAAACUUACCGUUUCGAGAAUUUCAGCCAAAAAAAAGGCUCCCGAAAAAUUCUAGGUGACCUUUUCAGGGUAAAAAUCCGUUAAAAAAAAAAAAUCCGUUUUUUAUGUGUUCGAAAAUCCUAGGAGAGGCAGGCAAGCAAGAAAUUUUACAACAAAUGUUCCGAAAAUUCUAGAUCUCAAAUCGUCUUCCGAACAGAUAUUUUCGGAAAAUUGGCGUUGGGUGCCCCUGAGUAUUCAUUUGCUAUCGAUCGCGAAAAUGUCAACUUUGCGCUCUUUUUCCCCCAGUUUUUAUUUCAAGGGAAUAAACUGACCGCCCUUUAAUUUUACUUAUUUUAAACUCUUGUCAUAUAUAAUAUUAUCAUUGCAUAUCCUUAGGUUCUCUCUCUCGACGCCACAUCUCCACGCGCACACACAAGACAACCUCUGAGCAAAAAUGAUGAGAGAUAAUAUUUGAGAACAAAUUCUAAUUGCAAUGGAGCUAUCAUGAAAUGUUUAGGCUAAGCGUUUUUCAGUCAGAAAUUAUAGAUAAAUAAUGCAUUUUUAAUAGCUAUUUGAUAGCAAUGCCAUACGGUGCCAUAACGUCAUUAUGGUGCGCUCCGAGCCUUGGUUAUUAAAGUGGAAUGGUUCGGAAACCCGUUAGACUCUUUUGUUGUAUGUUUUUGUUAGCUUUUUUGGACCUGACCGUGCACAAAGUUCAAUAGCAUUCAUAUCAUUUUGAACUUACUGACCAAUAGAAACAUCGCAUUAAUUUAUUCAGUCACAACUUGAGAACAAAAAACAAAGGAUUGUGCACGGUCAGGGAGCUUCCAACAUAACCUACAGCACAGUUGUUUUCAACUUUGAUGUUUGCCGGCUUUCCUAACCAGUUUCCUCUACUAACUAUGUCUGAGUAGAUGUUCAAGUUUAUCGUUUUCUUUUCCUUGCAGUUCAUCGCUGCUCGAAAGCGGAGGGAAUGGCAACGACGCAGAACAAAUACUGCCUAUGAUAUUAAAUCAAAUCCAAAACAAGUCUGACAAUAGAUUAAGACCAAGAAUAGGCCGUACGUACUUAGCAGUUCUAAAUUUUUAUAUUCAUUAUAAUCUCCUGCACCCUGCUGUCGAUAUUUUGCCAAUUUAUCAGUAAUCAGACUUUUGUUUCCAUGUGCGAGUUUUGAUGCACAGAAUAAUAUAGUCGAGAAAAAAAGCCUUAACUGGUUGGUAUAAAGGAAUAGAAUAAUACUGAUAAUUUAAAUACAAAACUGACGUAAGUGAUAUCUUGCCUAGUCCUUAUACGGCAUCUCCCCGGGCCUUCUCGAUCACGCAUCGGCCGCAUGCAAUAAUGGGACCUAGGGACUAGGCAAAGAGUAUCAGGGAGUGGGGCGAGAGUAAGUAUUUUACCAUGGUACCAAACAAUGUAAUAAAAUAAUAGUUUACUAUUUCAUUUAUAAUUUAUCAAAUGGAUCCACAGUGGCUGUCCAAAGUAAAUCCCCUCAUAUUUUUUUUGCAAUUGUAAACGUUUCCAAAAACGAUUACGAAAGUUUUCCUAAGUUUUCCCAGAAUAAUAAGGGGACUUAACCAUCGUGGGUACUUGCAUUUCGUUGCCGUUAAUUCAGUUCGACGAUGACGUAAGACUUCUUUUGCCACAGAAUAAAAUUCUUUUGCAAAUGCCUGUCAAAUUCCCUCGCUAUAACGAAGACCCCGUUAUAAAGAACAACAUUUGAAAGCCCGGCAGAUUUACAGUAAAAUAUGUUGAAACGAACCAGCUGAUCGGCUUUAUUCCGGUUUUCUCAACACGCGACAGAAGAUAAAACGCUUCAUGGCAUGAGAUUAAUGAAGUUAGGAUGGCUUUUAGUGUGAAGAAUUCUAUGAAGAAUUAAAUUGAAGCAAAUCUGAGACUUUUUCACGUAAUUUGACUUCAUUUUAUAACAAUGUGUAAUAACAGUGAAUUUUUCUUUCGUUAUUAUCUAUUAAAAGGGGAACCUGUGACAGUAUCAACGGACAUGUUUUUCUUAGACCUUGGCUAUAUCAGCGAAGCUAGAAUGGUAAGUUUAUUUAAGGCCCGUUUACAAGGAGGGAGGGUUACCUUAGCACUCGCACAUUGGAAGAUAUGCCACGUGUUUACAAGACUGACGGGGUUACCCUGGCGAUAGGGUUACCCUACCUGAGUGCUAGGGUUAGGCCCGGGUCGCACUAGGGCGAAGUUUUUUAACUUCAAAAUUUUGGGCGAUAAAAUUAAUUGAGAAAAAAAAAAAAGGUUCCAAAUUUUAACACGGGUCGCAUAAUACGAAAUUUGCAUUUUCCAAAACUCGAAUGACUGACCUAUAUAUCAUUCCAAGUAGAGUUCUUGCAUUACAUACUUCAAAGAAGGCAUCACGUAAGAAUAACUGGCCGCCACUGAUAUAAUUAUUUUCUUCGGUCUUUUCUUAACUGAAUUUCCUUUUUUUCGCAACAAAAUGCCAUAGCAGUUCUGGUAAUAGUUAUGGAGACUAUCAACACGCCUUUGUGUAGUUGGCUGCAGCUUUCAGAACAUGCAGAACGCUUGAAUCGACGUCGAUUACGAAACCACCGUCCAUGGUCUUCGACUCUUAUGCCACGGCUCAUUGAUGCAAUGCUGCUAAUAAAGUCGGUUUUAAUUUAUCGCAUGACAGGAUGCAAAGUUCGUGGCACAUCAAAAUAAUUGUUAGCAGGACAGAGGACCGCGGACCUAAAAAAUAUCAUUUGCCGUGGCAAUUUUCAAUUACACGACUGGGGUAAUGACAGCUUAAUGGUUAAAUAAACAAAUUGUCAACUUGGCCAAAAUUUUAAUUGUAGCCUUCGAGGCAGCAGUUCGGCUUCUUUGAACAUUUGGCGGAAUUUUGGCAAUUGGCCAAAAAUUGGAUAGGAUUUUCAAUGUGGGGUCGCACUUAUUUUUCAUCAUGCGUUGACAGAUCAGGUGCUGAGAUAAACAAAAUUCGCUCUAGUGCGACCCACGCCUUACCUGCCUUGUAAAUACUCUGCGAGGAAUCGGAUAGCUCGCCUACGCGGGACAACUUUGAUCGUGAAGAGUGACCAGUAAUCAGGAAUUCUUUUUUAAACAUCUGAACAACAUUAGGCAUUUUCUUUAUACGAUGAUAGUAUCUUUUGAGUGUCCUUUUUUCGUGAAUUUAACGUGUUGAACAUGGAGAUCUUGAAGAUUUCGUUCAAAUCUUGAAUGUUACAAAGAAUGUGUGUUUUAGUCUUCUCGUCAGUGAAGCUUGUAAAGUUGACCCGGGUUAUAAGGUAACUCUACUUGGGAAAUUUUGCUUUUAAAAGAGGAGGCCCUAAGAGAAGUCAUAGAAUAAAACUUUAUCUUCAUGUUAAAGCUGAGAGUGCUUUAGUUCAAAGUCUAAGAAAAGCUGACAGGAGCGUUAACAAACAAGUAGUUUAUGAGACUCAAGCUAACUCUGAUUCAGCCUCAGAUAUUUUAAAAGCAUGACCCAUUUCUCGUGUGGAAGUUUGCGUGCCCUUCCUCUUUUGUUCCUUAUUUGGGGUUCAUGUUUUCUUUAUUUCUAAUGCUUUUGCUUUAAAAGGAGUUUCGAGCAAGUUUUUUCCUACGCAUGUACUGGAAGGAUGAGCGUCUUGCCUACAAUAACACGGGAUAUAAAAAGAGACUUGCUCUGAAUGCUAAAAUGGUCCAGCAUAUGUGGAUACCCGACAUUUACUUCGUCAACGAAAAGUCUGGGAUCAAACACGAUCUUACCAAGGAAAAUGAAAUGGUUAGACUGUGGCCUGAUGGACGUGUCUUUCACAGCAUGAGGUAAGUCACAGGGCUUAGUCUUUUUGCCGUAAAUGAUGACAGCUUGUUGAAAAGACUUAUUACAUACUGACGUAUUGGCAAUAAACAAGUGGUAUUGGGAAUGGCACACUGUUCACAAUCCUCUAUUUUUCCUAAGAUAGUGGAGAUCGAGCGCUUACCACUACGGGCAGCAGUCUUGGUUUCAAAUCUGCCGAGGGGGCAGGCGACUGGGUUUAUAGCAGUGGGGAAGGAAGGCAAAAAAAUUUCCUCGCUGGAGCUAGAGUCAGUCGUGAUAGUGGUAGUGGUGGUGGUAGUGGUAGUGGUAGCGGUGGUGGUAGUAGGCUGAUUCAGAAACAGAACGGGAACGUCAGUUGACGACUGGAAAGCGCGCGGAAAGGACUACACACGACUUCCGGUGCCCAAUUUGCAACUCUGCUAUUGGUCAAGCCAUUUGUUUGAUUUGCGCGCGCCGUCAUCAAGUGACGUUCCCGUUCUGUUGCUAAAUCAGCCUAGUACCUGGUAGCGGCAGUGGUAGACAGGAAGUGGUGGUGCAUGGUGGUUGUGGUAGUUAUGGUAAUAGUGGCAGUGGUAGGGGCAGUAGUAUUCGGGAAGUUUGGUAGGUAGUGGUGCUGUUAGCAGUAGAGGUGCUUUUAGUUGAACAAGGCUGUUUUCCAAUGUGUAGGGUAAGGCAAAAAUUAUUUUGGGAGUGGGCGACGUGCGGGUACAUUCCUUUGCAGGUAGACGUAGACAAAAUUCCACUUUUCCUAUUAAGCUUAUGUGUAUUAUACGUAUCAGAGUCUUUAUUGAAUACUUUAGGCUUUCAUUUCAGAUUGUCAAUGACUGCUUCUUGUCCUAUGCUUCUGCAUAACUAUCCACUUGACAAACAAGUUUGUAGGCUGGCAUUUGAAAGCUGUAAGUCAAACUGUUUCACUAUUUUUACAAUGUCUAAAUCAGGAUACAUUCUUUGGUAGCACCGGACGUUUGGAGGAUUCUGGUUUGUGUGGUUUGUUAACUAGGUGGAGUAAAGCUGUAGAUGAGAACAUGAAAAAUUAGAAAAGUUGAAUGAAAAUCGGCGUUCAUUCAUUCUCUAAAAGACGAACACAGCUAGUAUAACGAAGGUUUGGAAUUUCAGUCCACCUUAUCUCCGCAUGUAUUGCAGUUUCUUUUGGAAACUCAAGCCCGGUUUACGUGGAGAAGGUAGAGGUGUCACGCCCUCCCAGCCUAGCAACUUUAGGGGGAGCGUGUAUAUGAGAAAAAAGUCGACUCCGUUGCCCGUGCUAACAGAGCUUGUGCAAGCUCUGAUUGUCUAAAACAGCACUCACGCAAGCUCUGGUUGUCUCGCUUUGACCCCGCAAGAUUGACCGGGCUGGGCAAGUCAAGUGUUCUUAUGGAGAAAAUUCCCCCCCCCCCACUACCAUAACAAAAAUGAUGACCCGGCUAGAAAGCUCACCCUUCUAGUCAAGCAAACUUUUUAUUUCUCAGUUAAGCAGUUCGCUACCUUUUGUAAAGAAAUGUAUGAAAAGUUGGCUCGCCCGCGGUGUAGCUUGGGUAGGCGGGCGAUUCUUCUACCCCGGGACAAUUGUUUUCCGUAUAAACGAGAGGCCUAACCACUUUUUAUAAUUGUUUAUUUUAAGUCAGUUACGAAGCUACUGAGCUGCUCUUUCGAUGGAAGAAAGAAGAAGGAAACAAAGAGGUGAUUAUUUCAGACGAAUUGCAGAUUCCCCAGUUCAUCCUCACUAAUCAUUGGACUGAGGCAACGUUUGAAAACUUUACAUCAGGUACGUUUAAUGGCCCGUUCCAUUUUUGUGGAUAAAAAAGGAGAAUUGGUGAAGCAAAUUAAGUUAAUAUGGCCGGUCAUUUAAAUAGGAGUUUAUUCAAAAUACUGAAACUGUUAAUUAAAAGUGAAUUCCGAUCGCUUAGUUUCCAACUUUUUGGUGAUUAUUCCCACUGUCUCCCUCAAUUUAUUUAAUGGCGUCCUGACAUCGUUUCCCAGGCCUUUCUUAGUCCUCCCCAUAUAGGAAAGAAAAAGCCGUUUAAAAGAGAACGGUUUGCAAAAUUUCUCAUCGUAAAUUGUUAAUUAACGAGUUUUCGCAAGUUCCAGGCAGAAGUAGGGUGACUCGACUCCACGUGGGCUACCCUGGGCUAGCCACCCUUUCAUACAUUUCCUUACAAAACAUGGCAAGUCGAUUACACGACAUACAAAAACUUGGCUCUGCUAGAAGGGUGACAAACCCUUCUCCCCCACCCUCCACAGUAGAAUAACCCUCCCAGCUGGACCAAUUUUUUCGAAAAAAAAAAAAAAAAACUUUGACUCGCCCGGCUGGGACAAGCAUGUAGCAUGCACCAGCGCUCUUGGCUCGGGCAACGGUUUCAACUUUUUUCUCAUAUAAACGCUCGUUUAAGUAGACUCGGCUUGGAGUCUGACCGUCUUUCACGGUACAACUUUUCUCCAGCGGCAGAGGUACUAGCUUGAGACGAAUUUAUGCAUAGGCCUGAUCAUGAUGAAGGAAACAAAUAAGAUAUUUAUUCAACUUGCCUACAGGUUCUUAUUCGAGAUUAAUAGUGUGGUUCCAAUUUGAGCGAAGCAUUGGCUUUUUUCUUAUUCAAACCUACAUUCCUGCCUAUCUAAUUGUGAUGCUGAGCUGGAUUGCAUUUUGGAUUAAUCACAACUCCACGCCAGGUUGGUCAUAAAUUAACGAAUUGUAAAAUAACUAAAAGGGCUGUUGUCCCUUUCAUUAAUCAAUAGCAAUUUUUAGGAUUCCAUAAAAAAUUACAAAACAUUUUGCAAUCAAGCUUGAGGUAGCUAUAGUCGUACGAAAUCUCCUACGCGCUAGCCUUAGUCAAGAGAGGAGUAUCAUCAGGCGAUCCUGGGGAAAAAAGGGAAAAGAGUGAGAAGGGCGAAACUUCUUCGUUCUCUCUUCCACACUCCCCUUCAUUCUUUUAACGAUCUCCUCUCCACCGCCCCCUAAGGAAGACCUGAUACUAAGCCUGAUACUGUGGGAAUCUUUUUGGGCUCAGGCGAGCACACGUGUUCGGGGUGUGGACAUUCACUGGUUGACUGGCGAAACUCUACAAACAACCAACGACGCCUUUCUCAGAGCAAGUCUUUCCGCACUAAUGUAAUAUUAACGCAUUAAAACACUUGAUCUUGCCUGGAAAGACUAACAAACUACGAUUUUAGAGUAAUUUAACACCCGCUCGGGGAUUUGUUUGCUUCUUUGCAGCGCGAAUAGCUCUAGGGAUUACCACAGUCCUCACCAUGACAACACUGACCAAUAGUGCACGGGAGUCACUUCCUAAAGUGUCCUAUGUGAAGUCUGUUGAAUGGUUUCUUAUCAUUUGCUUCAUGUACGUGUUUGCCUCGCUGGUUGAGUACGCUUGUGUCUCGUUUGAGGUUAACAGAAGGCUAAAAAGAGGUAUGGAGAUUCCUCCGCUACAACCAGAGUCGGACGAUGGGAAGGUAAAGGCUACAAAAGAUUUAAUAGACUACAUUUUUCUUUGUGUAGUAUCAUAUACAUGCCAACUAAACAGAGAUGACGUGUUUUUAUCCGAUAUCCAGACCCCAGGAAAGGUUCAAGCGUAACCAAGCUUUGACGACUGACAUUAAGACAACGGAUGAAGCACUCUAUUUUGAGUGCUAACCUUAAUAAUACAGCUUUUAAAAUAGUUUAGUAACUUUCGAAAAAACAUAUAUUUGUUAAAAUUUGACUUGCCGGUAUUUGCGAUCCUAUCUCCUAAGCGCCUUCUGGAUGUCUAAGUGAUAUUGUAGAAGGAAAAACUGGUCGAACUGGUGUGUUAGAAAAUUGUAAUUAAUCAUCGUAAAAGCAAGAGAAAAAAAACAAACAAACAAACAAACAAAAAACAGACUAGCCUCCUCCACAGGCAUUCCCUAUUGUAACGUUAACACUGACCGUGAUGAGGAUCCCCUUUCUCUCCCCAUUCUCCAAUUCGUUCUCUAAAACAGGACAGUGAAGUCUGCGGAGAAGGUUAAAAUGGAACGAGCGGUAAACGCAGUAUUUAAAUAUAUUCGGCAUUUAUUUCAUAGGAUUCCGAAAGGAAAGACCUGGUUGAAGACAUGAAAGGAAACGUGGAGGCGAACGGACACGCGAAAAUAAGACGGCGAAUAAAGUUUGGUUUCUGUGGUAGGAGACCAGUGGAAAGAGAGCUUGUCCAAUACCGCCCUUUCUCAGAGAAAGAGAUCGAAGCUAUGGAGUCUGCAAUUGAUUACUGGAGUCGCAUUGGGUUUCCUGUUUCUUUCAUUGUGUUCAACUUAUUAUAUUGGGUAAUGACCAUCCGUAAUAAGUUUUCGUGAGUUGGGCAGAUGAUGUGCCGGGUUCUUGUCGAUCGCCUUUGGAGGAGUAUCGUGUAGUUGUGAAGACCUUAGAAGCAGACAGACUGUCAAAAAAAAUGAAUAGACUUAUCUAGGAAAGUAAUAAUUAUCUCAUUUGCUGACAAUAUGUGAAAGUGUUAGGGACUGUGCAAUAAUUAUCAGGAGGGGGGGCUGAAAAACUAGAGUUAUCUAGCAAACACUUAGACAGUACCCCCCGUCCAAAACAAGAAAUAUUAGUUCUAACCCCCCUCUGUUAUGUUAAAAAUAACGUCGUACCCCCCUCCCCUCCCACCAACCACCUAGCCUCUUCUCUGAAAACACUGGUAAACUCAAAAAUGGACUGAGCUGCCAUCACAGCUUCAAUAAUGACACACGUUAUUAUGUAACAUCUAGAAUCGAGAAGGAUGUUGAUCGCUUGAUUGAAGAUUUAGACAAAGCAUUUGCUAAGUACCGGGGUGCUUACCACAUUGGCUCAAAAUCUGAAACUUCUGAAGCCAGAAAGAGAAAGGAGCAGAGAAAAAAAUCAAAGAACAGGAGAUUGAACGCUUCAAAUAACAGACGAAAAAGAACUUGCAUUACAUUUAGAUCCUUGGGAGGAGAACCUGUUGAACUUUGUUAUGAGCCAGAUAUAUAUGGAAUUCAGCAAAUCGAUUCAGUCGAUGAAGAAACAUUACUUUUAUUCACUUGUCUACGAGAUCUGUUUGAUUCCCAUUGUUUUAUGCGGAAAGCUGAAAAACAAGUUCAUGAUUUUUGCUUUACAUAGGAUCAGCUCAAUUAAUUAGAAGACGGGUUAAAAUUGAUUUAUAUUCAAGACAUUUAAUGUCCUUGGAAUUCCUCGCUGUUGAAGGAAAUUAACGGAUGAAAAUUUUUUGACGAAUAACUUUAAAUAACACUACAUUACGAUCAAAAGGCAAACCCUCAGUGCUCAGCUUAGAUAAAUUCAACCUUGAUCUUAGGAAG